AUGCGCGUCCUCCUGGCCUCCCUGUUUGCGGGCUGCAGCGCGACCGAGUGGGCGAUCGUUAACCUCAUCCGACAUGGAGAGCGGACAGACGACAAGGCCAACCCACACCUUGCUCCUGACGGCCACACUCGGGCCCAAUACAUUGCCAAGUGCGCCUCCAAAGUCACGCCAUCGCUCGCCUUUCCCCUGGGGCCGCCGACACACCUCCUUUCGAGCCUGCGAAUCGGGCCGCACGGAGAACCAAAGUCGGUGCGGCCGUACGAAACGAUCGAGCCGCUCGCAAAAAAGCUGGGCCUGCACCUUGGCAACAACGUGCACAUGGCCGACACCGAGCGGUUUGUGCAAUACAUCUUUGGCUUGCCCGCGGGUGCGACGGCCAUGAUCUCGUGGCAGCACUGGUGGAUCACCUGGCUGCUGAAGACGCUCUACCCAAACGCGCCCGCCUUCCCCAACUACUGCCCCUACUCGCAAUGGGUCGACCUGCCAGAGUACACGCACGGCAGGUGCUACGACAUCAUGUUCCAGCUCCUGCUCAAGCGGCCCUCGUCCGACCACCACUGGCACGCCACCGCCUUCUCGAUGAUGCAGAUGGGCUUUGCGGGCAAGAAUGACUCGGAGUGCGCCUCAUCUCUGGAGCCGUGGUCCAAUCCGUCGGCGUGGCACCAGGCCCGCUGCCCAAACAUGCCAACACAGCCGGGCGCCAUCCCUCUCCCAAAGACGCACUUUGACCCCGCGCUGAGCAAGUGCGAGUCUUGGUGCACUCCUGACGUGCACAUGCCCGGCAAGUCGCCCUCGCACUGCUACGCCAGCUCGUGCCACCAGUGCGACUGGUGCAAAGGGCAGCCCGGCUCAAACGUGACCAACUCGCCAUACUACAACCCGAAGUCGCCAGACGAUGCGCCGGUGAAGGGGCCCGAGCCAAGCGUGCUCGAGCACCCUCUCCUCCUAGCCAUGACGCUGCAAGACGAGGAUUUCGAGGGGGGUGCACCACCCGUCGGCGCCCCGACGCUCAGCGCGGUACCCUCGCCUUUGGACGCGACGCCCGAGCCCGCGCCCGGGCGCUCCCUGCUCCUCUACGCACUCGCCUCGGUCGGUGCAGCGGCGCUUGCCGCGGCGGUGGGCUUGCUGGUGGCCCCCACGCGUGCCGUCAAGGCGCUCUCCGGACCGCUGUUUGCCGUCACCGAGGGCCACGAUGGGGAGGGAGGACGGGAGAGCACGCCCUACGUCGCCGCUUGA